GUGGGUGGAAAUGCGCUCACUCCUGGAGGGAGAGGCUGGGUCUGUGGUAUAAUAAAGUGGGGCACAGAGUCAGGGGAAGUGAGUUGUUUUUUGUCCGGGUCCAAAUUUCUUCAUCAAGGUCCAGACUCCAGAGAGAAUCAUAUAAAAAAAUAGCAACAAUAACAAUCAAUACAUAAAAAAGAUUUUGGGGUCCUCUUCAAAAGCAUCUGGCAGGCCGGGUCUGGCCAGCCAUCCGCGUAUUGAUUGCCCCAUGUCUAGGGCAUCUGCAGGGAAGGAGCCAGGAGGGAAUCGGGGCAUGAAAUGGUGCCAAGGCCCAUUUGAAACCUCCCUUCUCGCCCUGACAGGCUGCAGAAUAACGUCUGGAUUGGGAAAUGGCUGCCGUGGAACCAGCUCAGCAGGACCAGGUGCAAUGGGAGAUCACCAUGGCUGGGAUGUGGGGCAAACCCCUUGCCUUGGGGGAAGGUCAUUGUGGGAUACCCAUCCAGCAUCCCAAGAGGGAGGAGAGAGAGGCUGAGGAGCAGAGCCCUGGCUGGCCCUUGUCCCCGCGGACGCCGUCCCAGUCCUGGCUGGGAUGCUUGGAGGGGGAAGAUUCUCCAUUGAGGACGGCGCAGACACCUGCCCGGUCUCGAGAAGGGGCAGACACUGCUGGCCUUGAGCAGGUGGUGCCGUCCCGUGACUGGCCUCAUGGGGACGAGGUUCCUUCAUUCACCCGGGAGGCACUUGAAACCUGCGGCUCCAUGGGGACAGGCCCCACCAGGGGCUGUGCCGAGGGCAAGGCAGCCGUUUCAGAGCAGGCCAGCGAGGAAGCCCAUCGCUUGCAGUUCCGCUCAGGCGCUGCCCGGCCCGGAGAAGCUCCCCGGGAGAUGCUAGCCCGGCUCAGCCAGGCUGCUCGGCUCUGGCUGCGGCCCGGGGAGCGCACCAAGGAGCAGAUCGUGGACGUCGUCGUGCGGGAGCAGUUCCUGGGGGCUCUUCAGGCGGACGUGCGGGCCUGGGUGACGGCGAGGGAGCCCCGCAGCAGCGAGGAGGCGGCUGUGCUGGCUGAAGCCUGCCUGGGGCAAGAGGAGCCGACCCAGCCUGCUCAGGGGGCGGUGACCUUCGAGGAGGUGGCUGUGUAUUUCACGGAGGAGGAGUGGGCUGUGCUGGACCCCAGUCAGAGAGCCCUCUACGGGGACGUCAUGCAGGAGAAUUACAAGAGCGUGACCUCGCUGGCAGGAUUUCUCAUUCACAAACCUGAUGUGAUCUCCUGGCUGGAGCGAGGGGAAGAGCCAUGGGUCUCAGAUCCCCAGGGCUCCGAGGAAAGGGGGAGCCUGAGCGGUGCCUGCAUAGGAUUUCCGGUUUCCAAGCCUGAUAUGAUUUCCCCAUUGAAAGGGGAGGGCGAGCCAUGGGUCCCCAAUCUGCAUGGCUCUGAGGAGAAGGAGAGCCCGCAGGGCGCCUGUGCAGCAGGGGAGGGUCCAGCCCAUGAAAAUGCUCAGCACCAGGGUCCCACACAAGUGGAGCUGCACAGGACGCUGUCCGUGAAAUCCGAAGGGAACGUGUCCUGGAUGCCGACGCAGGGGGAGCCACACCUUAUGUCAUCAAUAAAAUGCGAAGGGAGUCAUGAGCAGGAGGACGUCUGUGCAAGCUGGGGCGGGUUGGAAGGGCAGGAGGGAGCCCAGCCCACUUCCCCCGGGGGAGGCAGCGUGGGCCACAAAUACAUCCAGGUCCUGCUGAGCCUCCAGCCGGAGCAGCAGCAGCAGCGGCCGUGUCCCGAGUGCGGGAAGAUCUUUGUUGACCACGCUCACCUCCUGCGUCACCAGCGGCUGCACGCUCUGGAGAAACCCUUCCCCUGCCCCGACUGCUGGCGAGGCUUCCUGCGGCGCUGCGACCUGUCCGUCCACCGGCGCUCCCACACCGGGGAGAUCCCCUUCCCCUGCCCUGACUGUGGGGAGGGGUUUCUGCGUCGCUGCGACUUGGCCGCCCACCGCAAGAGCCACAUGGGGGAGUGGCCCCACCAGUGCCCCAAGUGCGGGCGGCGCUUCCGCAAGCGCUCCGUCCUGGUCAACCACCAGCGCACCCACCUGCAGGACGAUCGCUACAAGUGCCCAGAGUGCGGCCAGGGCUUCAAGUGGCCGGGCCAGCUGGAAAUGCACCGGUAUAGCCACAUGGAGGAGAAGCGGCACACCUGCUUCAAGUGUGGGGAAAGCUUCAGCCAGCGCUCCCACCUCCUGGCCCACCAGGGCAGCCACCUCGGAGAUGCCCCUUACCACUGUGCCGACUGCGGGAAGGGCUUUGCCCAGCACCCAGACCUCAUCCUCCACCGGCGGAGUCACACCGGUGACCGGCCCUUCCACUGCCCCCAGUGCGGCAUCGGCUUCGGCCGCAGCUCGGACCUCAGGAACCACCAGAGCGUCCACGCGGGCCAGCAGCCCUACAAGUGCCCCCUGUGCGGGAAAGGCUUCCAGGAGAGGGCGCACCUGGCUGCCCAUCAGAAAAGCCACGGCGGGGAGGAUUUCUACCUUGGCCUUGCCGCAGUUUGGACGGGGUGAGCGCCAGCCGGCAUCUGGCUCACCAGUCAGGAGCCAGCAGCAGCCAGUCCUGACCUAGCAACUUCCAGGAGAAGCCUUGAUUGGCACAGCCGCCCGCUGAGCUGCCACUAGGGAGGGGAUUAUCAGCGAGCCGCCUUGUGCCCGGAAGGCCAUUGCUGUUUGUAUUAGAGUACCAUCUACGCCCCAGCGUGCAUCGAAUAAAAUUCCUGCCAGAAAGUGUGUACCAGCAGUACCCAUGCUACUAGAUUGGUAUGGUUUAACUUUGCCACGCUAACCGUUCAGCGUGUCAGCAGUUAUGGUGGGAGGUGGCCUCAGCUCGAGAGGCUUGAUUUAUUUUUGAGAGUUUCAACUCCAAGGGCUCUCUCAUUUUUGAGCCAGGUAAAAGUUUCACCGAGAUAAUACCUGCAUGCUGUGGAGCAGGGACUUGAAAUUUGGUGGGGGUGGGUCACCCUCAUGUCUGGACCCAGCUUUUUGCCACCCCUAUAAAAAAAAAAUCCACCCGAAUCUGCCACAGCUACAAGCUGCCAAACAGCUCGCACAUGCUCAGUAGAAGUGCCUUGAAGAGUUUUGCAACUAAAUGCUGGCAAGAUUCUGUCUGCACUGAGCAUGUGCCAGCCUCACAGCUCUUACAGGCUAACUAAAUCUCCCCCUAAGGGCACAUGCUCAGAGCAGGAUGGUCCGUGUCUGCUCCCUGCAGGAGGAGUGCCCAGCUAAGUUCCCCCUAAGCUGCAUGGCCACACAGCAACCUCUUAAGUGCCGCGGAGUGGAGAGAUGCUUCUCCCCCAGCCCGGGCCUGCUGCAGCCAGGGGAGAGGUGCCUCUCCCCCCCAGCCCAGGUGCUACUGCAGGGAGAGAAAGCUGGGGAGAGUUCUCUCUCCCCGCUGUAGCCCUGGGGCAGCCUGCACCCCAAACCCUCAUCUCCCCGCACUCCAGCCCUGAGCCCCCUCCCACACUCUGAACUCCUUGGCCCCACCCUGCUGCACAUAAAUUCAUUCCGCACAUGCGUGGGAAAAAUUAGAAGGAACGCUGGUGCCCACUAACUAUUAUAUGACACCCACAGGAACUCUCUUGCUCCCCACUCAGUCAUGCGGCUCAGUUUAUGCCCCGACAGUCUUGAGAAGAGGAAGCUAGAUGCUCCCUUUGCUGCAGCCUUGUCUGCCCCCUGUGGCCGCUGCCCCUGCUAGUGGUCACACCAGUGCCAGCACUUGCCCGUGCACCUUCUGUUUGAGUCUCAGGUGGGCACAAGCAAUGCCACAUUACGCCGAACCUCAUCGGUACUAGAAGUGUGCAGCUACGUCCCAUCGCAGACAAGGCCUCAGCCAGGCGUGGAAACUUACUCCGCUUACCUGGCAUUGGGACGGGCCGCAGGAGGAGCCAUCAUGUUAUGCACUCAAAAAGGCACCAGCCGGGGAAAGCUGGGCUCUAGCCCCCUCAGUGCCCUUAAACCAGUCACGAAAGCAGCUCAGGCCAGGUUACACCGGGCAGAGCUGCAGUCCCUCCAAGGGGACGUAGCAGUGCUCAGCCCAAGCACUGCGAAUAUCCAUUAGUGCCGCCAUGAACCACCUACACGGAUUAGCCGUCACUCAGCCCACCCCUGCUGUCCUCACCUGCUGCAGUGGAUGAGGGAGGCUCCUGUUUGGGGCAGCUCUGUUGCCUGCAUAAAGCUGUAUUGCAGGCAGGCAGCAGCGAAAUAUUAACACCACAGGAGCUUUUUCUAUUUGCACAGUGAAUUUUAUUUUCCUACGAAACAGAGCGACGGUUCAGAGACGCAGAGCACUGACGGGGUUACAGAGGCUAGCAUGAAUGCUAGGCUGGAGUUAGAUACAAGCAGAUGGAAAACCCCUCUGGUUAACUUUACCCUGUUGAAUCUGUGUUAAACCAGGGCAACUCCUGAAAUCAAUGGGGUUUAGGGCUGGAAUCAAAUCUGGACUGACUCCUGGAGUCUGCUCUCAAUUGACACUGGAGUCACUCCAGACUGCUGUAACUUGCAGUUGUGCUAGUGUAACUCA